AUGGCGUCCCACCAGGGGAUGCGCGCUCAGAUCGAGGGGCACUGGCGCAAUUUCGACUCCCUUGCGGAAAUGCAGAGUGGAGGAAACGAAGCUAUCAUCCGGGCUAUCGACGUCUUCGAAGGCGCUCGCGGAGCCUUCAUCGCGGAGCAGGAGGCACGGGGGGGCGGGGCGGGAGCAGCAGCACCAAGCAUGUUCGGCGCGCAUCAAUGGGAAGGGGGCUGGGCAUCGGGAGGAGGAGGAGGAGCAGGGGCAGCAGCCGACGACGGGGGGGCGGCGGCACGCCGUGCGUACGUGAGGGCGGAGGAAGGCUUGGCGCUGGCUCGAGAGCAGCUUGCUCGAAACGAGGAGACUCUGCAGCAGAUGGCGGAGGAGGUCGAGCGUGCGAGGGCUUGCAUACAAGGCAGCCCCACGCCCCCGACCAGUGCGAUACCCCUCCGACACUAUCAUGCGAUGCCGAGUACUACACAGCGGCCUUGUUGGCUACGGUGGAGUUUACAGUAG